AUGCACAGAGCGGCUACUGUUGAUAGCUUUGCCGAUGACCCGAGUGAUCUGUACACGGGGAGGCUUUUCGUACCGGAUCAGUUGCGCUGCAUUGCGUUCAGCGGUCAGGGUCGCAAUGCAAAUGCUCUGGUGUGCAGUACUCUGAAGUCGUUUGCCUUCUACCAACUCCUUGUCCUUCUUUAUACGACCUACAGCGCAGCGAGCAUGGUUCGAUCGACGAGCAUCCUCCACUCUGCUUCGUCGCCGAUGGACAGGCAGAAUCGAAAAGGGAGCUGGACGCCGAGUGAAGACGCACUGCUCACCAAGAUGAUGCAAAGCUAUGACGGUGACCUGGCCGAGCAACAUGGUGCAAAGGCAGGUCACGUGAGCUGGGUGGGCAUCGCGCAGCACUUUGAGAACCGGAACGCCAAAGAAUGUCGCAAGCGAUGGAAAAGUAGCUUGUGCCCGGGCAUCUCCCGAGGGAGCUGGACAUCUGGGGAAGACGAGCUGCUGCGCCAAGCCAUGCAGAUUUACCCGGGGCAAUGGGCCAAGAUUGCUAGGAGCUUGGGCAGCAGAACGGGCGACCAGUGUUCGAGCCGGUGGCGCGUGCUCAGCGCGGGUGCUGAGUGGAAUGAGGAUAGGGAUCGGAUCCUUCUUGAUUAUGUCAAUAGAUAUGGAAAGCGAUGGGCGGAAGUGCGUCGACUGCGAUUGCCGAUGUUCACAAACGCCGAGUGCCGCAACCGGUACCAUCGGAUCAUUCGACGGCUGAGUGCAGAAAAGCGGCACGAGGCCGAGAUCGAGACGCUCAAGUUGGUAUGCAGUCGAGAGGCGGCCGAAUGUUCCUCUUCAUCGUCAUGGUCUUCGGCAGCGUCGACACUGUCCUCGUCAAGCGAUAAUGUUGCAGGACUUUCACCCACAAGCCGAAGGGCAAGCGUAGUCAGCAGCAUCAGUAGCAGCAGCAGCAACAGCAGCUUCAGUGGCGGAGCAGUCCCAUGGUACGCUGUCGAUCAAAGAGGGCAAGCGGAUGACAGAAGCAUGCCGGCCCAGGCGAAAGCGAUGGUGACCAACGAGAUGGCGUUCGAUCAGUUGAUGCAGCUCGCGGGAGCGCUUGUGUCUGCUUGGCAGCCCACCGACGACCCUCUACCGCAGCAGCAGCAGCAGCCAUUGUGCCAGGACGAGAGUACGUUGAGCGUGCAAGAUGACAGAAGCACGUUGAGCGUGCAAGAUGACAGAAGCACGUUGAUCCAUGCGAUCAGCAGCUUCGUCAACAGCGACAUACCGGUGGCUGGAGCCAGCAACAUGACCGUGUCCAGCCCGCUGACCACCAGCAUGUCGCGGACCGAUGGACAAGCAUGGAGGGACGUGCUCCAUCUUCCGGAGUACAGGACGAUGCCGACGGCUACAACUACGCCAACGAGACCCUUGGUCGGAUCAUCAGCAGCGCCGACACCAGCGCCGGGUAUGAUGCCCACGCGCAACAUCCAAACGUGCCGCGGGUGCGGGUUCGAGCCAUGCUUGUGCGAUUGGGCCAACAUGUGGCUAUCACAGGCAUCCUUGCAUCCGCUCGUUGAGCUAGACGGAUUCGACCAGCUCGACGACAAGGGCAGCACCAGCAGCAUUGGCAGCACCAGCAUCAGCGAUCGCACGGGUGGCGGCGCGGCCAACAGUCUAGGCUUCAACCAAUCGCUGGACGCUGUUCCAUCACCUUUGGCAGGCUCGAUCUCGGCGCCGCCACCACUCGGGUGGAGGAUGUAG